UGCGCACACUUAAAGCUAGCACCUGAAUCUUGUGUCAAAACACGGAGCCAAGCGGCGGCAGCAGCAGCGCAGGACCUCCUCUGAGUGCCAGCUAUUUCCCAAAAGAGAAUUGUCUAUACAGACUAUUUUUUCUUAGUUACGUACGCGUACCAUGACCGAACAAUCAGCAUUACUUCUUCGAAAACAACUGGCAGAGCUCAACAAAAACCCAGUGGAGGGCUUUUCAGCUGGAUUGAUAGACGAUGACGACAUAUACAAGUGGGAAGUUGUGAUCAUUGGUCCUCAAGAUACUCUGUUUGAAGGAGGGUUUUUCAAAGCAUACUUAACCUUUCCCUAUGAUUACCCGCUACGGCCACCUAAGAUGAAGUUCAUCACUGAGAUCUGGCAUCCAAAUGUUGCAAAGAAUGGUGAUGUUUGCAUCUCGAUUUUGCACGAGCCGGGAGAGGAUAAGUUUGGUUAUGAAAAGCCUGAGGAGCGCUGGCUUCCCAUCCACACAGUAGAGACAAUCAUGAUUAGUGUUAUCUCCAUGUUGGCAGACCCCAACAGUGAUUCACCGGCCAAUGUUGAUGCUGCGAAAGAGUGGCGGGAAGACCCCAACGGGGAGUUCAAGAAGAAGGUCGCUCGUUGUGUAAGAAAAAGUCAAGAGAUGGCGUUUGAUUAGGAGUUGGCUGUAAAUUCUAGGUUAAAGGAAAUUCCUUCAGAGGGAAAACUUCAGCAAAAGGCUUUUGCACCCCUUGUUUUGCCAGUCAAAGGUUGGUUGGCCCCAACCCUAUUUUCUGUGAAUGGUCUGCCAGAUGAGCCAAUUUGAAAAACCCUACCAGCGAAAUCUCCUGUUUCCUACCUGGAAGUGUAUAUUUAAUUUUAUUUAUUUUGGAAAUUAACAGUGUAAGAUAUGUCACUACUGUAAAUUAACUUGCUUUUUUAUCUGCUGCUGAACACUUUCUACUUUCUACCAGGUUUCUUAUGCAAUGUAGUGGUCAAGAUUGUGUAAAAAAACAAAAGCUCGUUGUCGUUAGGUCACCACGUGUCCUCCCUGCUGUGUACUAACCAGAUCGUCAGCCCAACAAAUUGCUCAUUGAUACCUUUUUUUUGUGUCGGUAGCACCUUGCUCUGUUAAAACUGACAGGUUACGAAUCUUUAAUACAACUUAAGAGUUUUUUUUUUUCAAUGCUUCCUGAUUCCUUUUCCUGCCAUGCCAAUAUGUCUGAAAUGUUCUAAAAUCUAUCAAUUGAGCCUUUAAAUACACCAACAAUAAAAAUGUUUGGGUGAUAAAAUGUUAAAUUAACCAUAGCAGAGUGUUUGUGCCAAUUUCUCAGGAUCAAACGUCCUUAAGGUCUUGAUCAGCCAUGAGUCAGACAAAUGUAAUAUUCCAUGUUUUUCCCAGAACACCUCUCUCUCCGGUUGACAUGGAAACCUGGAUGCACUCAGAAAGUGCGUCUGAAAAUAUUCAAGACGGUUUCCGCUGGUAAACCAACAUGUUUACCAACAAAUCUGAACAUGUUGAGUUAAAUUGAUGUAGCGCAUUUGGCUUUUAUGGAUAUAUGUGACUAAAAUUAUCCUUACUUUGGCAUUUAGGCUUAAAUUGUCCCAUAUGACUCAUGCAAAUGAAGCUCAUUAAUCCCCAUCUAAUCAGUCAAUGGUUCAUUUUAAAGUAUAAAUGCGUGUUCUCUUUAAAAAUAAAGACAAACUAUAUUUUGAGAAAUGAUUAACGUCUUGUUUGGGUUGUAUUUGCUUUUACUAAAAGUGUUGCUGACUAUGAAGCCAUGUUGACCUCCCAUAUCAAAUGUAUGUCAUUGAGCUGUGACCAACGGUUAAAGUAGCAAACCCAUCUUUCGGCGCAUACAAUCAGGUUUUUGGGCGCGAGGUAUGUUUUUGGAGUAGGCCGUCGUCGUUAGUGCAUUCUGGGUGAAUGUGAUGUGUACAGUUGUUGCAUUGGUGUGGAUCACAUAACUGCUGUUACCUUUUUUUUGAGUCUGAUUUUCUAACCCACCAUAACCUCCUCUGACCGGUGUUCACUGUAUUUGCACAGAUUCGGUGCGUUUAAAAAUGUCAUGAAGCAAUACGCUCUGAAAACGGCGAUCCAUCCCGGCGCCCACCAUCCAUUUCCUGUAGGUUUUUCUUCUGUUUGUGUCAAUGCAAUGUAUAUUGGACAUGAUGCUCAAUAAAUUGUGUAAAGAGA